UCAAGUAUUCAAAGCCCUAUACUUAAUUAUUUUCCCUUCUUCUUCGAGCCCUUGACACUGUUGUCUGUCUCAUUCUCUUUUGGUCACUAUCUCUCGUUAUUUUGUCCCUUGCUUUCAGUAUCACACAGGAUGCGAGGCAACGGUCGCAGGGGAGGUUUGUUGGGUCAUUCACAGUCAAGGCAGUUACCUGUGCAGGAUGAGCCCAAUGAUCAACUAGACCAAUCUACACAGGGUCAGCCUCAGGUUCCUUCACGAUCCACUGGGAGGUCGGCACCAGAUCCAGAGGGGUCUACUGCUUCAACACAGCAUCGAGCUAUACCUCCACCUCCACCGCCACCACCUAUUACCCCAUCUUCUGAGCCUGCAAUUGGAUCAACCUCUGGUCAUGAAGGUCAUUCAGUUGGGGCAGCACCAAUAUCAUCGAUGGAUGGCCUAUCACUCACUACAUUUGGAAGAAAGAAAAGAAUAAAGCUCAUUAAUGGCACGUUACAUCCAUCUGAGGAAUGUGCUAAGAAGAUGAAGAAUAUCUUCAAGGAGAGGAUGGACCCAGAGGGGCACUGUUGGAAAACUAUCACGCCUGAAACAAAAGAGUUUUACUGGGAUGAAUUUCAAGUAAUAAAAUAAAUAUUUAAAUAUUAGCUAUCAGAUAACUAAUUUGCAUAGUUUAUGAAACCUCAAAAAAGAAUGUUAUGAACAAAUAUCAUUUAAGUGAUGAGAAUUUGUGAAUUAAUGUAAAAGAACACAAUUGAAGUAUAUUAAUGCUUAAAUGAUCUAUAUGUACAGCUUGUGUGAUAUUGAAAAUAUAUAUUGUUGUGAGUUGUUGUAGUUGGGGUGGAUGUUAUUUAUUGUUGAGAAUAUAUGAAGUGUUUUUAACAGGUGCAAUUAAUACCUAAUAACUAGGUUGGAUUGUCCAAAAU